ACUGGCUGAGCCGGCAGCCGGGGACAGACAGCUGGCUUCGGUCCCUUACAGGGAAAAUUCCUCUCUGGAAUUCCCCCUCCCUUGUCACCGGAGCCCUCCCCGCGGCUCUGUCGCGGUCCCCCUUGUGCGGGGAGGAUUCCCCGUGCCCUGGAAUUCCUGGCUGCGAGUCCCAGAGCUGGGACAGCACAGCGAGCAUUUUAUAGGAUCAGGGCUGCCCUCCUCCUCCUCCUCCUCCUCUUCCCUCCCGCCUUAGGGAGGAUGGUCCCGCUCCUCUGAGCCCCAAUGACCGCCCGUGAGCUGCCGCGAUCCCGGCCAACACCCCUCUGCCCGUGGCUUUUCCCCCUUUUCCCCUCCCUCUCCUCGCUCUUGCUCCACGCCCGUGGUCACAGGGAUGGUCCCGGGUUCUCCCCUCUGCCUGGAGAGCAUAAAUACCACUGGGGAGCUCUGCGAGACUGCACUUGGUCCGAGUUGCUGAGCCCAGACCUUGCACAUCUCGCGCCUCCUGAGGCUUAUUCCAUCCUUUUCCCCCCCUCCUCCUCGUUUAAAUAUUUCAGAGACAUUAAUUUAUUUCCCACAAGCAGGCUUGGAGGAGCUGCAAUUACCUGGAGACUUGGAAGUACUCAGCAAGACCUGCACUGAGCCACCAGAGCCCCUGCAGCAAAACCCACCAUCAACUUCAUCUCUGCUUCUGCUGGCAGCAUGACUCCUGCCCUGCCUUGGAUCAUUCCUCUUGGAUGUGUGCUGUUGCUGACAAAGACAGCUGAGUGCUUUAUCCUGCCCAACUCGAGCCACCUGGAGAGCAUCCUGAGUAAAUACCAGGAUGGGGAAGCUCACUCCAGGUCCAAGAGAGCCAUUUUAUUCUCAGACAGACAGGAGAUACUGAUGCUCCACAAUAAAUUAAGAGGUCAGGUGUAUCCAGUGGCCUCUAACAUGGAAUACAUGACCUGGGAUGAGGAGCUGGAGCGGUCAGCACACGCCUGGGCUCAGCAGUGCAUCUGGGACCACGGGCCCAGCGACCUCAUCAGGUCAAUUGGGCAGAACCUGGCAGUCCACUGGGGCAGGUAUCGAUCUCCAGCAUUCCAUGUGCAGUCCUGGUAUGAUGAAGUGAAGGAUUACACCUUCCCAUACCCCCACGAGUGCAACCCCUGGUGCCCAGACAGGUGUACAGGCGCCAUGUGCACACAUUACACCCAGAUAGUCUGGGCCACCACCAACAGGAUCGGCUGUGCUGUGAAUGUCUGCAAGCAGAUGAACGUGUGGGGGGAGAUUUGGGAGAACGCUGUCUACCUGGUCUGCAACUACUCCCCCAAGGGCAACUGGAUUGGAGAAGCUCCGUACAAGACCGGCCGUCCCUGCUCCGAGUGCCCGCCGAGCUACGGGGGGAGCUGCCAGAACAACCUCUGCUACAAAGAUCACCGUUAUGAAGAUCCCAUCAUUGCUGAGACAGAUGAGACCAACGAGGUGGAGAUUCCGCAGGUGGCGGAGCAGAAGCCGGUGCAGUUCCACCUUCCAGAAAACAAACCCAGCAAAACCAUCAAGCCCAAGAAAAUCACCCCAGAAUCCUACAUGACACAAGUCAUUACCUGUGAAACCAAGAUGAGAGACAAGUGCAGAGGCUCAACGUGCAACAGGUAUUUGUGCCCAGCUGGCUGCUUGUACAGUAAGGGAAAGAUCUUUGGAACAUUUUAUUACGAAAGUUCCUCCAGCAUAUGUCGUGCUGCAAUCCACUAUGGAAUCCUGGACAACAAAGGAGGGCUGGUGGAUAUCACGAGGAAGGGGAGGACACCUGCUUUUGUGAAGUCCACCAGGAAUGGUGUGGAGUCAUUCAGGAAAAGUAAACCUUCGAAUGCAUUCAUGGUUUCCAAAGUCACAACACAGACUCUGGAUUGUUACACCACAGUAGCUGAGCUGUGCCACUUCAAAAAGCCAGCGAGCCACUGCCCAAGGAUUUACUGCCCAGCCCACUGUAAGGACGAGCCGUCGUACUGGGCGCCCGUGUUCGGCACCAACGUUUACGCCGAUAGCUCCAGUAUCUGCAAAACUGCAGUGCACGCAGGGGUCAUUUCAGAUGAAAGAGGAGGCUUUGUGGACGUGAUGCCUGUAGAAAAGAAGAAAACCUACGUUGGCUCCUUAAAGAACGGCGUCCAGUCAGAGAGCCUGAAGAACCCUUCAGAUGGGAACGCCUUCCGAAUCUUUGCUGUGAAGCAGUAAAAACCCCCAGGGAAGGUGCAGGUUUCUUUGGGAGAGCUCUCUGUUGAUCUCCAGAGACGCCAAAACUCCUCCGAACGACAUCAGCUCUGCCCGUACCCUCCUUGCCGAUCUCCUUCAGGGAAUUCCAAAAGAAAAGGGGAAAAAAAAAAUCCCCCCAAAAAAAGACCCCAGGUUCUGACUCAGCUGUUGGCAUCUCAUCGCACCCGUGCAGCGUUGUAUCUUUUUGUCUCGUGUUUUUUUUGUUUCUCUAGGGGCAUUCAGCGACCAUAAACUGUUGUAAGUUUCAUUUUACCAGAGGUGUUGCUAUGCAGGACGGCGGUGGCUCCAUGUGCAGCAGAUUCAGGGAUCUCAGCCUGGCCCUGGAUGGUGUUUUUAGGGUGUGAAGCUUCUCCUGGGAUGGGUGUGAGGAUGAGCAGACUCGGGAGUGAGCGGCUGUCCAGGUGCUGGACACUUUGAAAUAAGAAACUCGUUGAAAAAUUGCAUUGUUUGGGGAGAGGAUAGGCUUUGACAGAGUGAUUUUGUGUAUGUUGGAUGGCUUACGUGCAAAAAAGGAUAAAAAGUGUUGUUUUCCCACUGAGGUUGAUGUGCAGCAGUGCUGCUGGGCGAGGCUGCUGGGUACCUCGAAUGAUGGGGUUUAGGGAUGUUCUUGGCAGCCAAAAUUGAGGUUUUGUGGGCCUGGAGCAGGAUGCAAAAUGGUGGCAGAGAUCCUCACUGCAGAAAAUGAGGCCACCAGAUCAUCCAAAGAGCAGGUUUGGUGUUUGCUGGUCAAACACUCCCAGGUAUUUUUGGCAAUCUCUGAGCAGUCAGAGAAUUGGGGCUCCUGUGCUGGCACGUCUCAUCCUAUACUCCACGCCAUAACUUCAGUUAAAUGCAGUGUAUUGGUUUAUACAGCAGUGCUGGUUGUUUUAUAGUAGUUGAGUAGUGAUAAAAUUAAUCUUAUUUCUGCUAGGAAUGGUUGCAUCUGUAGGAAACAGGUUCGCUUUCCCUUUGUGAAGCUCCUUGUGGUGUGUGCAGUUCUGAGGCUUUAAAGAUGUGGCAUAAAUUGGGGUAGAUUAAUUUUUCCAGGAAUUUCCAAUUGUGGCGCCAACAGAUCCCCACUUUCAGUGCAAUUGCUGUACCCAUAAGCAUUUGAUAUCCAGGAUGGUGGGUUUUGCAAAACUCAUAAGUUGUUGUAAUGGUGUUAUUCCAUAUUUUGAUAUUUUUGUCUUGACCCAAAUGCAUUUCAGAGCCCAGAGAAGGGCUCAGCAUGAGCUGCUUUUUUAAGGUAGAAUGACAAUCUCUGCUGCGUAUUGGAAAUUAAUUUUUAUGAUUGGUCUAAACACAAAUCUGGUGGGUUUUGCUACACAAGCAUCCAAUAACUUCAUCAGCCAUGAGAAGACAAAGCCAGCAGUGGUUCUCCAGUUUUUGUAAAUGCACAGUCCUUCCGUUCAAUAACUGAAUUGUAAUAUUGGAUAACAAAUGGGAAAAUAUUUCCCUCUGUUUGGCAGAUGUUCCACAGCUGCUCUUAGGCCCAGAACAUGUUUGGUUUAAUCUAGACAGAUACAAGAGCCAUCUCAUCAAGCUCUUUCAAAACACACACCAGAAGCAUUUAUAUGAUUAAAUGCUUCUUUAAUUCUGUAAACACCAUGAAAUCAGCAAGGAAAUGACAUUUAUAUGACAUUCAUCACUCAGUUUGCCCCACCAUCAGGAUUUAUUUCUCCAUAAAAUCUGAAUUUGGAAAGAAACCUUUUGUAAAACCUGAAAUUGGAGCUGCUUUUCACUGUCUCCAAAAAUACUGCACAGAAAAGCCACUUUUGGGGUGGAUAGAGAGAAGUGAGCCUUUGUGUCAUCUUUGUUAAUGUAGUAUUGUCAUCCAAGGUGUACAGUAUUGACUUUAGAUAGGAAAACUGAACCAUUUCCUUUUCUUACUAAAUAAAUUGAUGUUAAGACCAGCUGGAACAUAUCCUAGAAAAGCUGCUGGAAGGGAGCAUGUGAGAUGUUGGCAGUGAGGAGAAGCUCCCCGUUUCUGCCCGCUGUGAAGCGUUGGGGUGGGCAUGGUCUGGUUCCAGCCCAUCCAACACUGCGGCAAGAAUCUGGGACAUCCUGGGCCAAAUGGGCUGGGAAUGGAACUGGGGAGAGUGAGAGGUACAGUCAGGUUCAUGGGUACUGCAAGAGCACAUAAAACACCUCGACUCUAGCGUGGGAUCCAUGAAAAUUACGGAUGGAAGGUGAUGGAAAGGACUGUGAGGGCUCUUGGAGUAAAACCCAGGGGAUUACUGAGAGCACAUAAAAAUCCAAACAGCUGGGGAUGUACCUAGGUGACGGAAAGGGGACAGGGGAAGAGUUAUUAUUCCAACAGAAAUAUCCUAAAGUGCUUAAAUCAAGUUAAAAUUGCGUAUUUUUAUCUUCAGCCAACUGGUUUGGAUUUUUAGAAACCGAUGUUAAUUUAAGUCUGUUUAUCUGUUUAUUUUUGUAUUUGUUGUACAAAAGAGAAAUUGUGACUUUACUACACAAAUAUUUUUCGAGGUCCUGGGUGCUAUUAAUUUAAACAUACCUCCCCCAGAAUUAGGGGUGAUCAGGUCCUCCAAGGCAGUCAUGACCUAUCAAUGACUUGCAAUCAUGUGUGCUAGCUAUUCAUGAAUAGGUGGGACAGUACCAGUUUUUUAGCCAAAUAUUGACAGAUUUUAUUUCUGAUACCAAGACAUUUCUCAGCCUGCUAUAUUUCAGAGCAGCUUAAAGAUGCAUCACACCUGUAUCUCACCAGGCCCUCUCCUCCUCAGCCCCAGCUCAGCAGAUCUGUAGGCACCUGAAGCAUCCAGGUGUAGCCAAAGCUGAUGCUGCCUGGUUGUUCUUUUCCAAUAACUUGGGGUUUGGAAGCAAUGGCAUGGUCAUUGCAGAGCACCUGGCUCAGCCCAGUCUCCAGGAAACACAACCAGGGUGAAAUCCAGAGCCUGUGCUGGUGGGGUCUUGGCUCCACUCAUUCCUUCUUUUUAAGACUUCCAGCCAACAGCUGGUUGAGGAGGCUCCAGUUUGUCACUUGUGCAGUCUAAAUAUUUAGGGCCAGUUCAUAGAGUUGCUUUUCUUUUUUCUUUUUCUUUUUUUAUUUUUCUUUUUUUCUAUGAAAAACGGUGUAUUUUACUUCCUAUGUAUAAAAGUUACUUGUAAAUUUUUUGUGUGCCUUUGCAUGUUUUCCAAGGGGCCGUGGUUGUUUAUAAACUAGAUUUUUUUUUUUUUUGUCUAAACACAGAAUUGUAAAAUAUCGUUUCCUCCCUACCCUUCCAUUUUCUUUUGAUUUCUGAAUUAUUUGUGAAAUAAAACCUU